AUGGCUCAACAGAAACAACUCCAAGUUGCCAUCGGCGGCGCAUCUGGCGAGACGGGCAUGUCUAUCGUCAAUGCUCUCCUCGACUCCCCAGACCGUUUCGAUGUCAUCGCCCUGGUGCGGCCCGAAUCUGCGUCAAAGCCUGUCUACCAGGAUAUUGCCAGUCGCGGUGUUUCCAUCAAGAUUGUCGAUUUCAAGGACAUCGAGGCAUUGACUGGCAUCCUCGAGGGAGUUGACAUCGUCAUCUCGUGCCUUACUGUGGAGCAAAUGGCUGAGGAGCAUGCUCUUAUCGACGCAUCGCACGCCGCUGGCGUUGGCCGUUUCGUUCCCAGUUUCUUCGCCGUUGUCUGCCCGCCUCGAGGUGUUCUCGAUUUACGCUCCAUAAAGGAAGAUUUCCUCGACCGGUGCAAGCGGCUCUACCUUCCCUACACAGCCAUCGACAUUGGCUGGUGGUUCCAGAGCUCGUUGCCGUUGGUUCCUUCCAAGAGGUUGGACACCCAAAUCUCCCUCCCCGACACCAUCCUUGGUCUUGAUGGCAACGUGCCUACUGCCGUCACUGACGUGUCCGAUAUUGGCAAAUACGUUGCCCGCAUCAUCGCCGAUCCCCGAACGCUGAACAAGCUCGUAUUCGCAUACGGCGAAGUGACAACACAAAACAAGGUGUGGGCCAGCGUUGAAGAGGCAACUGGAGAGACGAUUCCUAGGUCGUACCUUUCCAAGGAAGAAGCCGAAGCUACCAUGGUCGAGCUGAAAGAGGUUGUCAGCAAUAAUCAUGCCGACCUGCCGUCUCUCUACAAGCUCACGAUGACCGCGUACAAGUACACGACGGUAAUCCGCGGCGACAACACACCGGAGCGCGCCGCAUACCUGGGCUACCUGAAUGCCAAGCUCCUUUACCCCGAUGUUCAGUGCAAGUCAAUCAAAGCCUUUGUCAGCGAGAUUGUCGAAGGCUCAAGGAGUGCGGUAGUCUACCAGGAUCGCCCCGAGCAUCCCAUCACAAAGAUGAGAGGCAAGGGAACUAAGCGCUAA